AUUUAAUUUGUCAACCCUAUUGUCUGGACAUUUUUCUUUUCAAAACUAAAUAUAUUUUUCCAAAAAAUUCUCCUACAAAUAUUUUGAUAUCAAUGUAUUUCUUCCAACUAAAUGUGUUAGCAAUUUUCUCAGUGAUGAUAAUACCCAUAGGAUGCGAGCUUUUGCAGUCAGAUUGCCAAUGCCGAGAUUGUGAAUGUUCUAAAAGGAAAUCGAAAGAGUAUGGGGAUUGGAAUGUUCCUGCAAGUAGCAAUAUGAACCAUAUUUUGAGACAACGUCGAAAAACUGUGGAGGAACUGUUGAGAAAUUUCCAAAUGGAUUUAGACAACGAGAAUGGGGCUAUCAAGGAAAUUCGCGGAAUAAACCAGUCGAAAAAGGCAAAUAAAAAUGUGGAGACAAAAAAAGAAUACCCUACGAAAAAUCGGGAAUAUCUCCAAGGAGGGGGUGAUGAUUAUUCUAAUAAUUCCUCCAGAGAGAAUAUCAAAAAUAGACAUCAAAAGAUUCCGAGUCCUCAAAGUGAAAAUAAGUCAGCGGUAAUCAAAGAUAGUAGAGGAAUGAAGAUCUAUGGCCACAAAAAUGAGCAAAGAAAUGGAAAAAAUGUAGAAUAUGGUGGAAGGGCUAUAAGUCACCAUAUAAUGGACUGCAGAGUCCCAAAUUACAGUAAGGAUGUGAGUUUGGAAGAUAUAUCCCACAAACAUUCGCUCAAAUUUAAGCAGCCGAAUGGGGGAAGCCACGCGUCACACAAAAUGGCAACAAAAAACAGAAGUAGAAAAAUAAAUAACAAAAUUCUGCAUAAAGUUGGUGAGCAAGGGCAAAAGUCCCAUGAACAUCAUGUAAGAAGACAUAUGAAUACCCAUAGAAACGAUCGGGAAACAAGGGCAGACAAUAUGUACAAACAUUCCAAUUUUGAGGAAGUGAAAUAUAACUCACAUGACCAAAUGGGAUUUCAAACCACUGCCACAGGACAUGGGGAUGCUUUUGAUGAUGCCUUGGAAAAUUCCAAAAAUCCAAAGGAUUUAAGUGAAGAGUUAAAGCCAAGUCGUCUUAGAUUCUCCCUCAACGAAAACUACUCAAAGUCUCUCAAUAAUCUCAAUUCUGAUCAAAUUAACGGAGAUUAUCCCUUGGAGGAUUUUUCAAAUGGAAACCUCUACUCAUCCCUCAAUGAUGAGUUACAAUUAAAACCAAAUAAUUUGUCCGAUGAGGCCAACUACAAAUUAUCCAAAAUUGAACAAGAAGCAGCUGAAUCGGGCACCAACAGCACCAACAGUUUUUGGCGAUGGCCUUGGAGGGCAGCUAAAAGAUCGUCAUCAUCACCAAAUUUCAAUGCCAUGGAUGAAAUUAAAUUGAAAACCAGCAGACGAUUAAUGCAAAAAGGAUAUGGUCCUUCAUUGCCCAGUUAUUCGCUAAGCGAGAAUCUAAGGGAGCUGAAAAUUGAUAAUUUGUUAAAGUCCACAGAAGAGGAGGAUAUGUUGAGGAACAAGGGAAAGUAUAAUGAACAAGAGGUUCGUGAUGAAAAUUUAGAGAACUUUAGGGUGGAGGCGGAUAAUAUGGAUUGGAAUCCCGUGGAUGUUGUGGAUAAAUGGACUCACAUUCGUAGAAAGAGAUCAAUAGGCAAAGGGCAUGUGAAGAAGGUGGGAGAAUAUGUACUGGACGAAGUGUCGGAAUUGGAGAAAGAAGGACGCCAAUUGUCAAAGGAUUAUGAAGCUUCAUACAAAUAUGAGAAUUUUGAACCGUUCAAUGUCGAAAGCUUAGAUGAUUCCCAUCAGGUUGAAGAAGGUCUUGCCCAUGCUGAAUAUGAACCUCAUGCGCAUUUAAAACCAAGGGAAAGACCCCCUUUCAACUAUUAUGCCACCAGAUUACAGAGGGAUCCCAAAAUUAAUAUUGAAAACAAAACCAUGGCCUCUGCAAAAAAUAAGGGCCACUCAAUGUAUAGGCACUUCCAAGGACCUCCAAACAUAAGAUCUCCCACCGAAGCUGAUAAAAAUUUACAAUAUCACGAAGAAAAUAAUGUAAAUUCCAUGCGAAAAGUAAGGUUACAUCAUGCCCCUCACAGGAAAAAAUCAAAAUCAGGACAAGGUAGCAGAAAACCUUUGAGGCAAGGCUCUAGAACAUUUGUGGGUCACCCAAGGUCUGAAAAUAAAAAUGCCAUUGCAUAUGAUAAAAAUUUGAAGGAUAAUGACUGGCCAACACAUCUGUAUGAACAUUAUCCCAACACAAGAUCCUGGUUAGAUGCCAUAACCAAGGAAAAUUCCAGCCAUUCAAAUGGUACAGAAGAUCCAAAUAAAAUAUCCUUGGAAUUACACAAUGACCUGUUGAAUUGCACGACCUAUACCAGUUUGGAUGAUUUUCUCAAAGCAUUGCCGAAAAAUAAUACCAAAACUACAGUGCCCACUGAUGAAAUGGAAGAAAUCGAGGUGGAUUUUACAACAAUGGAAAUUGAAGAGUAUUCAAAUUCAGAGAAUGCUACAGAAUUUUAUACCGAUAUGGAUGAGGGAAUCACAACUGAAAAUGUUACGGAACCGGAAGUAUUAGCUAAUGAAAGUGAUGUGCAAAAAGGGAAAAAUUCCACAACAGAAUGUGUGGCUUCCACAGAAAAUUGGCUAGAAGUAGAUUCAACAACAGAGGGAGAAUAUGAAAUACCCUCAAAUAAUACUGAAGAUUGGGAGGAGUCUUCAACAACCUCAGAGUUUCCUUUUAAUCUCUCUGAUAAUGAACAUAAUGAUGUCAAAUGGAAUAUUGACAUAAAGGGCCAUAUUCAUGGGAAUUCCAAAAAUAAAACUUAUUUUGGAAACGGCACGAUUCUUUUACACUCUGAUCUUAUGGCAGAUGAUCGUCACAGAAGGCAUACAUUCAGGAGUAUGGAAAGAAAAUCCGUUAAUGAUCCGAAUAAUAUUCAAAGUAGCGAGAAUGAUAAAAGCCCACCUGCAAUUGAUCCCCCAUCCCUUGACUUGAUAUCUGGAAAAUCAUCAGCAAAUAUUGUGCAAAAGAUUUUUCGGACGGUACGUGAACAUCCCAAAUUGAAAAUUCUCUGGCCAAGUCUGGAACGUAAUAAACUCCCUGAAAGACCACAAAUGGCCAAUUUUUAUACAAUUCGAAAUAAGGAUAAUGAUCAAAAAAUACAACAAAGUGAACAAUUGAUGAAACAAGCUCUCAACACCCUGAAUGACAUUAUUGAUCAGCAGGUGUACUCACGAAGCUGUCUACCUCUAAGACCCGACUUACAAGAUUUCUACAAUCGUAUACUAAAAACCCAAGAGGAGCAGAAUAAUUAUCGCAAAAAACGUGAGAAUGAUAAGAAGCUAUUAAAGACUCAAAAGAGUACUAAUAAAUUGCCACAGGAAACCAAGGAUGAGAAUGUGUCUGAAGCUGGAGAAAAUGUUGAAGAAGUUAGACAACUCUUGAGGUUAUAUGAUGGAGGUGAUGAGCGUAAUCUUAAUAAUCAAUUGCUUGUGAAAUUAUCUGAAUUAAGUAAAUUAAAGGAUAUGGAGGCAAAAGAGAGGAGAAAACGUAUACAAAAGAAAUAUCGAAAAAAUGCUGCAGAUGAUAAUCUAAACAUUUUGGAACAAUAUUUUAGUCCGGAAUAUUCGAAACUGCAGAAGGCAUGUGAUUCAUAUCGCGAAUUGGCGGGCGAGCGGAGGGACGAACGAGAAGAGUAAUUCUUUAGUUAUUUUAUAUUUCAUAUUUAUUUUGAAAAACUCAUUUUUAUAUUUAAUAAAAAAAACAGGAAACCUAAUAUUAAAAUA